AUGGUUAGCCUGAUCUAUGAUGCAACAGAACCCAUUGUUGUAGUAGGCAUUGGGUGUCGUUUCCCCGGUAGCGCCACAUCUCCUUCAGAGCUAUGGCAGAUGCUCUGCCGUGGAGAAAGUGCCUGGUCUGAAAUUCCCAAAGACCGUCUUAAUGUCUCUAGCAGUAUUCCUUUCACAGCCGGCCAUUUCCUGACCCAAGAUGUCGGCGCGUCUGACAGCUCGUUCUUUUCAAUCCUAGCCGAUGAAGCUAAGGCGAUAGAUCCGCAACAACGAAUGCUUCUCGAGGUUUCCGUAGAAGCUCUAGACAGCGCCGGAGUUGACCGCACGGCUUUAAAGAAGAGCGAUACGGGAGUUUGGAUUGGCUCCUUCGUGAAAGAUUAUGAGCAGAUUGUUUUGCGUGACCCCGAUAACUCCCCUAAAUAUGGUGCGACCGGCAAUGGGAUAGCGAUCAUGUCGAAUCGCAUUUCAUUCUUCUUAGACAUCAACGGCCCAAGCAUGACCAUCGACACAGGAUGCAGUGCUAGCUUAGUUUGUGCUCACAAUGCUUGUCAAAGCCUUCGUAACGGAGAGAUCGAUAUUGGGCUCGCUGGCGGUGCCGGGUUAAUCCUGACGCCUAAUAUUAUGAUGCUUAUGACAGCGCUAAACUUCUUGAGCCCGGAUGGUAAAUACUACACGUUUGAUGCACGUGCUAAUGACUCCGGGCGUCUCUCAGAUGCUAUACGAGACAACGAUAACAUCCAUGCCAUAAUUCGAGGUAUUACUCUACCCAGUGCGGAAGCUCAGCUUCGUAAUAUAAGAACCGUGUAUAAGAGAGCCGGUCUCCCUGUCGACAACACGGCCUAUGUCGAAUGUCACGGCACCGGUACACAGGCUGGCUAUUGGAGAGAGUUGAAAGCAAUUUCAGACGUGUUUUGUGCAGAGCGUAGUUCCGACAACCCUAUAUACGUUGGUUUAGUCAAGACAAACAUUGGUCACCUCAAAGGAUGCGCCGGAAUUGCCGGGUUGGUUAAAGGGAUCCUCACCAUUGAGAAUGGAAUGAUUCCGCAGCAUCUCAACUUCGAGGCACCUGGAAAUCUAGCUAUUGACUUUAACGCCUGGAAAGUUAAGGUUCCGAUCGGCAAUAAUACUCCCUGGACGACCGAAGGACUCAGGCGUGCGAGCGUCAACUGUUUUGGUUUUGGUGGAACAAACGCACAUGUUAUCCUCGAUGACGCUGCUCACUACCUGGCUCAAAGGGGGCUCUCGGCACACCGCAAUACCACACUUCGUGAUAGCACUCGGAACCUGCCAAACCUCAGCACCACGACGCACCAGUGGGCUAGAUCAGUGCAGGGGAUGCCAAUUCCUACCCGCGAUUCGAAGACACAUCUCUUCAUUUUUUCGGCGCAUGAACAGAAGGUAUUAACUCAAAUGCUCAAAGACUACGCGUCUUACACCGGAAGGCAACUUAAAUCCUCGCCUGGAAAUAUUAUGGAAGAUUUUGCAUACACUCUCGGUUGCCGGCGGACACAAUUACAAUGGAGAGCACCAGUCGUUGCGCGAUCACCCGAAGAGCUCGUUCAAAAAUUACCCUCUAUCAGAUCAGCCUUUGUAUUUGGUGGACAAGGAGCACGAUGGUUUUCUAUGGGUAGAGAGCUUCUCGGAUUUGACGCCUUCUUGCAAUCGAUCGAGGAAGCAAGCUUAUAUCUGCAGACCAAGCCGAACGCUCCUUUUAGCCAUCUUGCAGAGCUUCUCAGGGAUGAAAGCCACUCCCUGGUCAACCAACCCGAGAUUUCCCAGCCAGCAACUACAGCAAUACAAAUGGCCAUUGUAGACCUGUUGACGAAAUAUUUUGGAGUUAGCCCAAACUAUGUCUGUGGUCAUUCUUCUGGCGAGAUUGCAGCAACUUACACUCUGGGGGCUCUCUCACGGGAGGACGCCUGGGAAUUGGCCUUUCACCGGGGACGCUGUGCUGAAGCUAUGCUGACUUCUAAGAACGAAGAAUAUCUGAAUGGCAGCAUGCUUGUUGUUGGCCUACCAGCUUCCGAAGUACGGAAGUAUGUGGACCUAAUCGGCAAUGAUAAAGUGGUGGCUUGUAUUAAUAGUCCAGCUUCUAUGACAUUGUCUGGUGACGAAAGUGCAAUUAAAGAGCUCCAGGGAACUUUCCAGGACACAGGUAUCUUCAAUCGACUUCUCGUUGUAGAUAUCGCAUACCAUUCGCACCACAUGAAGCGUUGCGAAAACGCAUAUCUCCAAUCGAUCGCGCACAUCAAACCGAAGAAGCCGAGGAAUGGGACGAUCACGCAUCCUCACAAUUUAAGAGGACUCGUUACGCCGAGUGACAUCCGAGUAGGAACUAACUCCGUGUCUCUCAGCAACGACGUUCCCCAUCAUUAUUGGGUGAGGAAUAUGGUGUCUCCGGUCCUUUUUGCCGAAGCCAUGCAUCGGAUGUUGAGCGUCAAAAUUGUAUCACAUUCAUCACUCCAAGGCCCUAUAAGGCAAAUCCUUGAUGCCGAGGAAAAGCUUAGGCAACGGCCGGUUUAUGCAUUCGUGCUUCACAGAGGCAAAGACGCGGCUACGACUUUACUGGAAGCCGCUGGGAAGCUUUGGGGCAAUGGGAAUGUGCAGACUGAGCGACCUAGGCUACUCGUCGAUCUCCCAAAGUACCCUUGGAAUCACAACAAGGUUCAUGGAAGAUAUGAUCUCAUCGGAACAAUAAUAUAUCCGGCCGCUGAUAUGGCUACUAUGCAGAAAGCCAUGAUUGUCCCGGAUACUCCACAUGGGGACAAUCAAAUGGCUGUAGCUCCUAUCGGGAAUUCCGAUUCUCCCUCAUUAGCCAUGCCUUCAGCCUCUUUCGAGUUCUCUAUAUACUCCAAACAACUCGACAAGCCUUGGGAGGAGCACGGCAGUGGGUAUGAGGAGUGCGUUGACCCCGUUAAUCCAAGACAGCUUUAUGAGAGCCUAGAUAUUAUUGGCAUGAACUAUGGUCGGCUAUUCCAGAAUAUCGAGUCUCCCCAUAGAUGGGACGGUGUUUGUGUCGGCACUAUUCGUAUUCCGGACACAAAAUCUGUCAUGCCUGCAAAGUUUGAGUAUCCGCAUAUUAUUCACCCGAAGACACUAGAUUCGGUCUUCCAAACCGCCUUAAGUUUUGGAAAUGGUCCGAUGGUUUUCUCUUUCCUUGGAAAUCUCUAUCUAUCGGCUAACUCUCCCAUGCUCUCAGGGGCCGGUAAACAACUUGCUGCUCAUACCUGCGCAAAACUUAACGGACGGCUUAGUGCAUCUGCAUUCUUUGUUGUUUCGGACCAGUCUUGGUUGGAAACAUCUGGUGCUAAUCCACUCAUGAUAAUUGAGGAUAUGACUUUUACCGCCUUGGACCGAAGUGCGACACAAGAGCUCGGUUUCCUCCCGAAUCAUCGUAGUCUCUGUUCCGAGAUUAUUUGGGAGGAAUUCAACAUUUCGGAAAACUCUAACGAGCAGCAUAUUGAGCUGACUGACAACCUACUUAUCCUUAUUCCUGUAGAUGCUAGUCCAAAUAUCAGUGGGCUUGAAGCUGAACUCUCUAAGAACCUGAACUGCCAGUUCCGAACAUUAAGUAGCAUCAAGGAGAAUGAGAUACUUCCAAGAUACUCUUCCGCUAUGAAAGGGAUUUUCUGGAUCACUCGUGCUUCACAGCUCGAGGCUUUAGGAAGGACUAUACAAUCAGAGUAUCCUAAGAAGAAAUUAGCCACAUUUGAUGUCGGCAUCGAUCUAAAUUUCUCCUCUACCAUAGUAAUAUCAUUCACUCAGACACUCUUAAGACUGAUCGCGCGAUCUUUCUUUAAACCCCAGAUUGUAGGGCCUAUUGAAACGGAAUAUAUCGAACGUAAUAGGAAAAUCAUGGUACCAAGGCUGAUUCCCGUGAACUCGCUGAAUUCUAUGAUUGAGCGUGGCUCUGCACCAGCAGAGCCAGACCAACAGACGAUGCCUAAUCCGCACGAAAGGCCCCUCAAGCUUGAGGUUGGACAGGUAGGCGACACGGGAGGCUUGUACUGGGGCGAUGACCCUGACGCCAACCUUCUGUCUCCGGAUGAUGCAAGAGUCCGAGUGAUUACAACUACACUUGGCGAUCUGGACCGCGAAAUUAUGCAUGGGCGCGUGGAGAAGGGCGACCUGGGGACAGAUGUAUACGGUGUAGUUGACCAGAUUGGAGAGAACGUUACGAGCGUUUCUCCGAGUGACUACGUUGUGGGGAUUGCCCGUGGAUCUCUACGAGACUUCGUUACAUGUCAUCAUCGACUCCUGUAUAGAGUACCGAACUACCAAUCUGAACUUCAACCUAUCUAUCUACCCACAAGCUUCUCUAUUGCUAGAUAUGCGCUUGGUAAGCUCAAGAGUGGGCAUACUAUCCUAAUUCAUGCUGGCGCGGGGACAUUCGGCCAAACUGCGAUUCAGCGUGCCAAAUCUGUAGGAGCCGUGGUUUUCACCAGCGCAGAGACCGACCAUGAGCGUGGCCUUCUUAGCCAUGUUUGGGGACUCGGGGAAGAGUACAUCCUCGACGCCAGAACAGAAGCUUUUGCUGAUACGGUAAUGCGUUUAACGGACAAUCAAGGCGUAGACUUGAUCUACGACCUAGUUGCAAGAAGCCGAGAUUUGAAUAUCAGAUGUGUUAAAGAAGGUGGCCGUGUGAUUGGUUUCGCUGACAAACCCGAUCGUAACGAUGUGACGACGCGCGAAACUGAUGUUAUCGGCAAGACAUUUAGCUGUAUAAUCAUAUAUGUGUCACAUCUCAUUAAAUACCAACCAGACCGCCUUGGUGAUGCUUUGGCAUCCAUUUACCCCAAACUCUUAUCCUGGCAGUUUAGGAGCUGGAAUCAAGCUUUGCAAGAUGUAUACGACUACUCGGACCUGGCGGCUGCUUUCGCAGCAUUGGAUUCAGACACAGUAGGCGCCCAUAUCUAUUGCUGGCGACACACAUCGAAACCUAUUCCAAUCAUCCCACGAACUCCCUCUUCUAUGAGCUCCUACUUACGCGGAGGUGCCACUUACGUCCUGUCUGGUGGACUCGGUGGGCUCGGCAUAGAGGUUGCUAAGUUGCUGGUGGCCAAUGGUACUAAGAACAUCGCGUUCUUAGGACGAUCCGGCGCGACGAACGACCUGGCUAAAUCUUGCGUUAACCUUCUCCACACGAAGCGGGUCAAUGUGAGAGUUUUCAAGGUGGGCAUCUGUAUAUUCCAUUGUGCGGCAGUACUGCGCGACUCGGUCUUCGAAACUAUGAAGUACGAAGACUGGAAAUUGGCAACAAAGCCUAAGACAGUAGGUUCCUGGAACCUCCACCAGGCCUUUGGCAACGAUCUAGACUUUUUCAUAUUCCUGUCUAGCUCAGCUGAUAUUAUCGGAAAUCGCGCACAAGCGAACUACGCAGCGGGCAAUGCGUUCCAGGACUCGCUUGCUAGACAUAUUAAGACAACAAGUGAGGGCAAAGUGAACGCUGUAUCGAUUGAUCUAGGCCCAGUCCUUGAAGCAGGAAUGCUUGCUGACGAUCAUGAGACGCUGGAUAAGCUCAAAGCCAGCAGGUUCUUUGGAACCAGACGCGAAGAUAUCAAAUGCAUAAUCGAGCGAGCAGUAACCGGUUACAUGGAGGACGGCCAGAGGAUACCAGUGCAAAUUGUUACAGGAGUUGGAACCGGCGGGUUGAUCCUGCAGAAUAAACCAGCGGAUCCUUACUGGACGCGAACGGCUAUGUUCACCCAUCUUAACCAGGUGGAUAUGCCAGAAGGUUCGGAAGAGACUUCAGAAGAAGCCUCGGGCUCCCGGGAAGUAAUGCAGAGACUAUUAGCGCAGGCAACAGAUGCAGAGGAGGCACGAUGCAUUGCUAGCAAGGGUCUUAGGGAGAUGCUUUCGAAGAGCAUGAAUAUGGACUCGGCAGGUGUGGACGAGUCUAGACCCCCCAGCGCUUUCGGUGUUGACACGCUGGUGGUAGGAGUUCGCAACUGGGUCUCUCGAGAGUGUGAGGCUGAUGUGAGCAUCUUUGAGGUGCUCAGCGAGACCAGCAUUGGUGAUCUCAGCGCCACAAUUGUGCAAUAG